AUGAAGCUCCCUCGUCUCAUCUCUUCCUUUAUUCUCACCUCGGUCGUCCGCCGCCAAUGUCAUCGCCAACUGCAUUCCUUCACGCGCCGUCUCUUCAAGCUCCCCUCUCCUCCACCACACCCAUCCGCGCACCAUCAUGACCUCCCCUCCUUCCUCUCCUACGCAGAGCGGACGUCUCUCUCUCCGACCACUACGGCCUACAUAGGCAUGCACUACGAGUAUAUAGUGCAACGAACCCUCCGUUCUUCCGCCUUCACACUGCACCGCGUCGGCGGCCGCGACGAUGCAGGCAUCGACCUCGUGGGAACCUGGCACCUCCCGCACCGCGAACACCCGCUUCGCGUGAUCGUGCAAUGCAAAUCACUAAAGACGAAACUGGGCCCGAACUUGGUCCGCGAACUGGAAGGGACGUUCAACCAGUCACCAGUGGGCUGGCGGACAGGCGACGAGGUUGGCAUCUUGGUUAGUCCGCGGGAAGCGACCAAGGGCGUUCGAGAUACCCUGGCGAGGAGUACGUAUCCGCUGAUGUGGAUGAUGAUUGAGCGGGAUGGGGCAUUACGACAGGUCUUGUGGAAUGGGAAGGCCGAGCAACUCGGCCUGGUGAACUUGGGCGUUGAGGUGAGAUAUUCGGCGGACGAAGAUGCGGACUCGUCGAAGGGCGUUGUUCUCACCUGGGACGGGGACGAGAUUCCCGAUAUGGAACAGGUAGAAAGCCGGGUCAGUGCGGUUGAGGAUAGCUGGUUGCGGUCAUGGGAUGAUGGGGGCCAGAGGAACAAGUCGGAGCUGCUAGAUGCUGUUCAGAAGCUUUUCCCGGAAGAGAAGCCUCUCCUUUUCGGAACAGGGGCUUGUAGUACCCUGACUGAUGCGGAUAGGAUGAAGGUCAUACAGUUUCUGGACAGCAAGUCUGCCCCGGUUGAGGCUGUGUCCGACAUGAAGCCUACUUCUACGUGA